GUUUUGUGAUGGAGGAACCGGCAGAAGGAGUGAAUGUAAUAAAACGAUUUUUAAGAGAUUUUGAAUAUGAAAGUUCAACGGCGUCUGAUGAAGGUGUUCAGUAUCGAAUUGGAAUUAUCGGAAGAUAUCAUCUUACUUCUGAAGAUGUUCAAGCAGAAGUUUUUGACUGGGUAAUGCACUAUUUAGAGCAAAAGUAAAAAAUGCCCCUACUCUUUAGCUGUCGUCUUGUCAAAAGCAGUAGCAGAAGAAGUAGGUCACGAGGCAAAACUUGGAAAUUAGAGACAGAUGAGGAGCGUACAGAGCCAGUGGAAUGUGGCAAUGAAUUAAUUGAUGCAAUUCAGCUUCAUUCACAAGUCAUUAAUUUUGUGCAUGAACUGGCCCAAUACUGGAAGUAUCAGUAUCAAGAUAUGAUUAGCACUUCUAUUUGGCCACGUCCCCCAGUUCACGAGGUGUCUGUCUGUGCUAUAAAAAACACCCGUAGAAAAAUGGAAGACCGUCAUGUAGUCUUACAUGAUUUGAAUGUGGCUUGUCAACUCCAGAAUGUUACCCAACACAGCUACUAUGCCAUAUUUGAUGGUCAUGCAGGAACAGAAGCUGCCAGCUAUGCUGCUGCUCACCUUCAUUGGAACAUAGUCCAGCAUCCUGCAUUCUUGACUGAUACACCAAAUGCUAUGAAGGAGGCAUUUAAGCUAACGGACAGACAUCUCCUUGACAGAUCAUUCAGAGAGGGUAUAAAAAGUGGGUGUACAGCAGUUUGUUGCCUUAUACGAGAAGAUACUCUCUACCUUGCGUGGCUUGGAGACUCUCAGGCUGUUGUUGUUCGUGAAGGAGUACCCUUGGGUGUCAUGUCUCUGCACAAGCCAGACCGAGAGGAUGAAAGACUUAGGAUAGAGAAAGAGGGUGGAUGUGUCCUCUUUAUUGGUACAUGGAGAGUAAAUGGAACAUUGGCUGUGUCCAGGGCAUUAGGUGAUCCAGAACAUAAGCCUUAUGUCAGUUGUGAACCUGAUGUCAUUACAGUUAACUUGGAUGGCACAGAAGACUUUGUGAUCCUUGGUUGUGAUGGACUGUGGGAUCGAAUGACUCCUUCAGAUAUAAUUACAUCUGUUUACUGCUAUGUUAAAGAAAGCCCUAAUAAUGUAGAAAACCUAUCUUCACACUUAGUAUACCAAGCUAAAGACAAAGGUUCCAGUGACAACAUUACUGCCAUUGUGGUAUUUCUCAGAGCCCCAGUAGAUCUAGUUAACAGGCCUAUACCUGCUCCUGUGAUGUUCCCACAGCUGCAAGGAGAGUCGGGAACUUUUAACGGAACAACUGUUUCAUGUGGUGCUACUAUGUCAAGUCAUGACCCACAGUUGUUUCAGAACAACAACGAGUAUCAGUCAGAAUAUAACCAGUGGAAUCUGAAAUCUCCUUUUAUUGGUUCUGAUGGUGAAAGACAGCAAUCUGAGUUUUCUCUGAGUAACCAAGCUGGUGCUAAUGGUCCUGAGGAAAUGUCUCGACCCAUCACUAUGGGUGUCAUGCCUGAGAGAACAGAGCUUAGUGAACUACCUACUCCACCCAUUGAUGAUAUAAUGAAAUCUGGGCAGUUUGAAUCAUGUUUGGAUAAUGUGGACAAUUCUAUAAAUAAGGUAGCUCAAGAUGGAGGUGUUUCUCUGGUGAGCAUAGAGGAGGAAGGGCUCGGACAGCAGCAGUUAGCUAAACAUCCUGAAGGAUUUGUUGCUUCUAUGUCAACAAGUCAUACAGAAGUCCAAGAAGUAGCAAGUAAAAUAGUACAAUCAGCCAUUGAAUCAGCUGUCACUGUUGUUCACUGCAAAGAAGAGCAGUUGAACUUACAAGAUCUAGAAGAAGGUACAACUGGGCAAAAUACUUCUUUUCAAAACAUCUUCAUUAGCACUGAAGAAUCAUCAAAGUACCACCCUGAACUUGAGCAGCAGCUAGUACAAACUGAAAAUAAAAAUAAGGCUGGCAUUACAGUUGAUUUAGAAAAUAAGCCAUCAUCAACUCCAGAAAGUGACCUAGAAAAGCCAGUACCUGUUUCUAAACAAGAACAACCAACAGUUACUUCAGAACUUAUAUUAGAAUCUAUACAACCUACGCCAACUCUACUAUUCGAUACUGAACAGCCUUUACACACUCCACAGGAGAAAGAUGAAUCAACAAAACCAUUACCUACCCCACAACCUGAAACUGAACAGUCUGUACUCACUCCACAGGAUGUAUCAACUAAAACAGUACCCACCACACAACCUGAUACUGAACAACAACUACUUAUUCCAGAGGAUGUAGGAACACAACCAGUACCCAUCCCAAAACCUGAAACUGAACAAUCUUUACUCACUCCACAGGAUGUUGAAACACAACCAGUACCAACAUCACAACUUCAAACUGAACAACCUUUACUCACUCCACAGGAUGUUGAAACACAACCAUUUCUUACUGCACAACUUGCUCCUCAAGAUGUAGAAACACAACCAGUACCAACGUCACAACUUGAAACUGAACAACCGUUACUCACUCCACAGGAUGUCAAAAGACAACCAGUACUCACUGCACAACCUGAAACUGAACAACCUUUAUUCACUUCACAGGAUAUAGAAACACAACUAGUACCAACAUCACAACUUGAAAUUGAACAAUCUUUACUCACUCCACAGGAUGUUGAAACACAACCAUUUCCUACUACACAACUUGCUCCUCAAGAUGUAGAAAUACAACCAGUACCAACAUCACAACUUGAAACUGAACAACCUUUACUCACUCCACAGGAUGUUGAAACACAACCAGUACCAACAUCACAACCUGAAACUGAACAACCUUUAUUCACUUCACAGGAUGUAGAAACACAAUUAGUACCAACAUCACAACUUGAAAUUGAACAAUCUUUACUCACUCCACAGGAUGUUGAAACACAACCAGUACCAACGUCACAACUUGAAACUGAACAACCGUUACUCACUCCACAGGAUGUAGAAACACAACUAGAACCAACAUCACAACUUGAAAUUGAACAAUCUUUACUCACUCAACAGGAUGUUGAAACACAACCAGUACUCGCUGCACAACCUGAAACUGAACAACCUUUAUUCACUUCACAGGAUGUAGAAACACAACUAGAACCAUCGUCACAACUUGAAACUGAACAAUCUUUACUCACUCCUCAAGAUGUAUCAACACAACCAGUACCUACUGCACAACUUGAAACUGAACAACAAAUACUCACUCCACAAGAUGUCUCAACACAACCAGUGCCCAUCCUACAACCUGAGACUGAACAAACAAUGCUCACUCCACAGGAUGUAUCAAUACAACUAUUACCCAUACUACAACCUGAGAAAGAGACAACACAACCAAUACUCAUUCCUGAGAAGGAACCAACACAACCAGUACCUGUUUCACAGUUUGAAAUUGAGCUGCCAGCAAUUACUUCACCGGAAAAACCAGCACAAUCAUUAAUUGCCUCAGAAUUUGAAACUGAACAUUCAUUACAUGGAAUAGAUGAACAUAUACUUCCUUCAAAAGUAGAACCACAUCAAUUAUUACCAAUACAUUCGGAAAUAGUGCAAGUUAAACAUGACUUAACACCUUAUGUUUCAAACAGUUCUGAAGCUCAGCAUUUAAAGCCACAGGACACACUAACUGUAUCUUUUAAAGAACCCAGUCAUUUAGCAGUUUCUAGUGAUAACCAAGUUUGCCCUAUUCAAACAGAACCUCAAGUCAUAAUAACAAAUGGAAUAAUUGAGAAACCUUCAUCACUUGAACUUGUUGACCUUAAAAGAGAAGACGUGCCAGCAGUACAACAGAUUGUAAUGUCUGACCUUGAAGAACAUCAGAAUGUUCUGGCUGCUAAAACACUGAUUAGCUCUUCUCAACUAGGUUUUGUAGAGAAACCUUCAUUGCUUGCAACUAAAGAAGCAGAUGAAGUAACAGAAUUACCUAAAGAAGUUCUAACAGAUAAGACAAAAGUUGAGCUCAGAGUCAUUCCAGAUGCUUUGUCAGGAACUAAGGGGAUUGUAGAGGAUGUUGACUCUGAAAAAGAUGGAGGGUGGAAGUAUGUUACAGGUAAAAAGAACUUGGAGCAAGUUUCAUCAUCUAAAAUGAAAGACGUACAAAAGGCUGCCCCACCUAAGUCACUUACUUCAUCAAAGACCACAAACAAAUCUGGGAUAAAAGCUAACAAAUUAUCCCAAGAAAUCAAUGCUAAACCAAAACAGCCUUUUUCUGCACCAAAAUCAGAGAAAAUAAAUGUCAAACAAGAUAGAGGAAAAGCGAUGACAAAAACAAGCACUACUUCAAGACAACAAUCAUUUAAAGAAAAUAAGACCAGACAAGAAACCAAUAUUACUUCUAGACUAACUCGUACUCCAGUUCUGAAGAAACCAGCAGUAACUGGUACAGUUACUCCUGCAUCUUCUGCCAUGAAGACUGUUCCAUCUACUCCCUCUUCUAGACUUGUUUCAAAACCAGUCAGUACUGGGAGUACUACAGAAAGACAGAAGUUGGUCAAAGCAAAACCCACACCAAUACCACUCUCCACACCUACCAUACCACAAAAAUGCAGUGAUCCAACAACAGUUAUUUCUUCUUCCAGCAAAACACCAAAAGGACUUUCUGGUACAUCAAGAACAGUGGGCCAGAAAUCAGCAACUCUUUCUCAUACAAUGCAAAUUAAGUCAGAAGCAGCAGCCAAAAAACCUCCAGUGGCUAAAUCUAGCACUCUUAGAAACUCAGAUCUCUUCCAAAGCAUCCAGCACAAUCUGCCAUAAGGCCAUCUUCAAAAACCCAACCAACUCCUGGAAGAUCUAGCACUUCAGUGCCCCAAUCAAGAGGCACUCCAAGACCACCUAGCUCCACAACAAAAAAACCUGAAGUUGCUAAGAAUACAUCAGUGACUGAAACAACCACAACACAACAGGCAGUUGUGGGAGUUAAAAAAACUAGGCCAGCAGUAGCUACUCCUCGGUGUGCAUCAGGUGCAAAUAAGCAGAGCAAAGAAUCAAUAAACAAAGAGAUUUCCACAGAUGGUCCUAAGAAACACCAGUCUUCAACAGCUAAUAAGGAGGAAAAGCCCAGAACUGCUUCUAGUUCAACAACUGCCAAGAGGAUUAACGUGUCUCGCUCCUCAGUAUCUAGUGUACCUCUGAAGCCCAGUUCUCAAAGUAAAAUUUCAAAGAAAAAGAAUACCAUUAAAACGGAUUCUGUAAUCAAGAAGACACCCAAAGAAGGAAAGCUGCCAAAAGAAGAUACUGAGUUAAUGGAGAAAAACCGGCUAGAUAUGUUGCCUUCUUCCAGUCAAGAGAAAGGUUCUCUUGAGGAACAUACUAAAGAAGUUU